AUGACGGUUUUAAUAGCAACUGCUACGGAUUGUCUGCUGGAAAAGAAUAGCAGAAAUCGAACAAGCAAACGGUCAACUCUCGCAACACCACUAGCUGUACUUCUGGCCAUUCUUGCUGUGCUGACCAUUGGAUUCCUCACGUUUCUCUUACGGUUCAACAAUCCUGCACACAACCGAGAUUGCAAAAAACGAGUGAUUGGAUAUUAUGAAGACACCGGAUCUGCAGAAAUAAGGGACAACCAUCUUGAAAAACUGACCCACGUCGUUUUCUCUCACCAAUUCUUGUCUGCAGAAGGAACCAUUGAAUUCAGAAACGAUAGAGCAAAGUUAAAGUUUGAGAAAUUGAGAAACGAAGCAAAACGCUUUGGUUUGAAAGUGAUGAUAUCAAUUGGAGGAGGACAACAUUUUGGGUCGGUAAUGGCUACUGAAUGUGGGAGAAGCAAAUUAACCGACUCAAUUGUUUCAUUCCUAGAAAAGAAUCAAGCCGACGGUGUUGAUUUGUUCUGGAAAUGGCCAACUGCUUCUGAUAAGUCAAGUUACUCAAUUUUUGUAAAGGAGCUUCGCCUGAAGUUGCUGGAAAUGAACAAAGAAUACAAUCUCUCAGUGACAUCUGCGCCCGCGGGGAUCCCAGGUUACUGGCCGGAUGGUUUUGAUUUGGAGGAAAUGAUCAAGCAUGUCGAUUUCAUGAAUAUUUUCUCAAUGGACUUUUAUGGACCAUGGGGAUGGCUAAUCGGGCCCGCGGCACCACUAUACCAUGGAAUUGCGCCGAGAGAGAACUUCACCGUGGAUUAUACCAUGAAUUAUUAUGCAUGCAAGUUGAAAGAAACAAGUAAACUGAAUCUUGUGAUUCCAAUGGACGCGAGGAUUUGGGAAAAUGUGAAAACGGAGCUACCAAGAAGUGUGGUAUUCAGGAAAGCCGACUUGGUCAAUGGCGUGGUUCAAGCAACAUUGUUCAAAUCGAGGAGACUGGCCACGGAAACGGGGAUAAACUUUGACGCAGCUGCUUGGGAUGAGAAAACCAAGAGUUCAUAUAUUUUUGAUGAAAAAUUUAAAACAUUUUCAUCAUUCGAGAACAAGAAGAGUAUCGAGGCUAAACUGAGUUAUGUGAAGGAGAAAAAUUUAGGAGGAAUCUGGAUUCGAUCGGUCAAUAUGGAUGAUGACACGUUUAGCAUGUUAAAUGACGUGAAUUUCAGUGAUUAUUGCUCUGCCAAAUCAAUCGGUACUGUCAAUUAUCAAUGUGCAUAA